AUGGUUCUGUUUGGACUAGCCACAGGUCCGCUCAGGCUCUUCAAUGCAAAUGGAAGGAGCAUGUUUCGUUACGAGCUUUCCGACCAAUCUCGCGAUCCAGCCCAAUCCCACGUACAAGGUCUAGGCGAUUGUCUGCAAUUCCUGCAGUUCAUAUUCCUAACCAGUUGUAUAACGCUUCCAUACCCUGGCUUCUUCCGGGCAAUCAUCGGACAGCUGGCCUGGUCAUCGCUCAUCUUCCGGAACUGGCCUGUUACGCAUGGAUUCGCUUAUCCUGGGGUCGAGAACGGAUUGUAUGCGACCAAUACGACUUGGGGCUUAGAGGAAAUGACGCAGCUCUUGGGCGGCACUACUAUCAGUGAUCUCUGGGUCAAUGCGAUCGUCAACCUGCUCUUCUUGAUCGUGGGGAUUGUCGUGCUCGUGCAAUUUCCGUUCGGGUUCCAAUGGGCGCCAAGGAUCUUUCGGAGGCGCCAAGCGGUUGAGCUGUCGGACCUUCAGGAGGAAUCCUUGACACAGUUUCAGCGUACUGGAUGGAGUUUUCUUCGAGCAGUGCUUGAUCAUUUUCUCCUUCCACUUGUGACCUUCUCCACGAGCCAAUCUAUUCUAGCGUCAUGGCUCCCGGCCUAUCGUACCUUCCUGGCAGUUGCGACUGUUGGUCUCAUUUCCAUGUGCCUGGGCGCUACCGUUCGGCCCAAACGAGCGAGCGCGGGUGUAUUGGCAUAUAGCAUUCUAUCUUUAUAUGCUGCCAUGCUGGUUUUUGGGUUCUUGGUUCCUUGCCUCAUAAGCAUAGUGCUUUUCGUCCUCCGCAAAAUGGGAAUCGCGCACUUCGAUGGCGGCAAUCUUGCCCGAACCCAUCAAGCGCCGGUCGUCUCUAAAGGUUUUCGGAAUCGGUCAACUUUCGCUGCGGUCAACAAGGAAGACUUCAUUCACGGAGCUUCCAGAGCUUCGUCCCGCAGUACCAUCGACUUUCGGGCUCCCCGGCCCGUCACGCCGAGAUCUUCGAUGUCACACCGCUUUUCGACCAUCCAAACGCAGUCCCACAGCGAGGAUGAAUCGGUGGAUUCCAGCAUGAACUCGGUAGACCUGAGUGUUCUGGAUGAAGAUACAACCACGAUCAGCGGUGAUGGCGAUUAUUCUAAGCGCGAGGCAGAUCAAUACUACGGUCGGCAAAUGGUACUGCAGGCUCAUGCUGGGGUAGAACGAACGGAAGCUGUUCGUUUCACAGAACCGGACCGGCCUUUGCGAUGGCCCUGGAAGGCGAAGAAAAAGACGAAAGGCUUCGAAGUUGUGAGGCCUGGUCGUCCCGGGCUGUGACGGUGUUUAUGAGUUGGACUUUGGAACUUUUGUAGACUCUGAUUCAAGAAGAAAUAUAUAAUAUUUUCACCUUCC